AUGCCAAAAUCUACCAAUUCGGUCAUAUUGAAGCACGUCGUCCCCAUUGGUGACACAGUGACCUUGGAUGCAUUCAAAAUUAGUGAGUCCGAGCUUCCUCAGCUUGCAGACGGACAAGUUCUCCUCCGGCCCAUCGCUUUCUCUGUCGACCCAGUACAAAGAACUCGCAUUACAGGGAAAUCACAUUUUGCGUUGCUGGCUUCAAAUGUCCCAGGACAACCGAUAAAUGGCUUUGCCUUGGCACGAGUGGUUGAGUCGCGCCAUCCAGAAUUCAAGGCUGGACAGCUGCUCGAAGGCAUGUUUGAUUGGUCCGACUAUGUGAUCUGGGAUGGAAAGCCCAGCCCAUUUGUGAGAUCGGUGGAGCUGCAGAUCGCCAAGCCAUCUUAUGCACUCAGUGUACUAGGAAUCACUGGUCUCACUGCAUAUUUCGGUAUUGUCGAAGUCGGGAAACUUCAAAAAGGGGAGACCAUUGUCAUCUCGACCGCUGCAGGUGCCGUGGGGUCGGUUGCAGGAGCAAUCGCUAAAAUCAAAGGUGCAAAAGUCAUUGGCUUGACAAGCUCUCGAGCCAAGCAGGAUGUGCUCAUCCAGAAGUUGGGGUUUGACGCCGCCCUAAACUACCGCACAGAUGAUUUUGUCGAGCAGCUUUCCGCCGCAACUUCAGGUAAACUCGACGUUUACUUUGACUGCGUGGGUGGUGAACUCUCGCAAACAAUCAUGAAACAGAUGAAGCGUCCGGCGCGGAUUGUCGAGUGCGGACAAAUAUCGACAUAUAACGAUGAGAAGUAUGCUUGGAUGACGAAUUUGACACCAAUCCACCUAAAUGGGUUGCGACUUGAAGGUUAUACACCUAUGUUGUUCAAGGAUAAGUGGCCAGAAGCGUUGGAUCAGCUUCAGAAAUGGAUACGGUCUGGCGAGCUCGUGCCUCUGGAGACAGAAAUGGUGGGUCUAGAGUCCCUUCCCCGGGCCCUUGUUGCCCUACUAAGUGGCGAGAACGUUGGAAAGAUGCUCGUUACAAUUAAAGAGUAA